GUGUGUAUACUGGUCAGACUACUCUUGUACUCCUAGUGCAAGAUGAGGAUGGCUCUGCGGAUUCUCUGUCUCUACUUUGUUCAGGCUGGAGUCCUGACGGCACCCAUACAUGUGUCUGGAACUGAAGGAGGAAGAGUGGAAUUAACAUGCCCAUAUCCAGAUCAGCACAUAUACACACCAAAGUACUUCUGCCGGGAGUCGUGUAUUAUGUGGAGUGACGUUCUUAUCACAUCAGAAAAGGCUGGUGACGGAGUUACAAAAGGAAGAUAUUUUGCUUUGGACACCACAAGUGCAAGGACUUUCUGUGUAAUCAUCAAGAAUCUGCAGUUGGGUGAUGCUGGAGUUUACUACUGUGGGCUUAAUCAGUGGGGGUCAGACACUAAAACCAAAGUGGUGUUGACGGUCAGUAAAGCUCCAACACCAGUGUCUCCUCUAUCUACCACGUCACCCCCCACCCAUCUACAGGAUACAACCAACAGCAUUCUACCCCCUACAGGUUCUGUAAUCGGGCUGCUUCAUAUCGGAGUGAUCCUGGGACUGCUGCUUUGUGGAGUUUUAGCUUUGAUUUGGGUCGAGUUUGUGCACAAGCCAGCAUCUCUGCCUCUGCCUUUCACAACUACGCCCAUUCUCUGAGUGAGUGUCCUUAGUGUACAACAUUCCCAGCUACACCCUUUUAAGUGUCCUUAGUGUUAAUCAUCAUUCACAGCUACACCCCUUUAAGUGUCCUUAGUGUACACCAUCCACAGCUACACCCCUUUAAGUGUCCUUAGUGUUCACCAUCCACAGCUACACCCCUUUAAGUGUCCUUAGUGUUCACCAUCCACAGCUA